UCCAGCUCGUCUGGUCCUCAAGAAGAUGUGGCUCUCACCGUCCUCGGCUUUAGCCGGAGCGAUCGCCACCUCCCUCCUGCUGUUGUCUGCGGCGGCAGCAACACGCGUAGACGGCGGCUCCAACAAACUGAAUGAAUACCUUGCCGUACACCCUGUACCUAUCAAGGCCGCGGCCGCCGUUCCUGCAUCCGGCAGCACCAAGGCCAACGCACUUGCCCCGGAACUCAUCACGGCGGUGCUCAGUGAGUGUCCAUCAGGAUGUGUAGACGCCGGCUCGAGCAGCAGCAACUGGACUGUCUAUCCCCGUCUGGGCCGAUUAGCCAUGUGCAACCAGACCAUGCUGCUCGACUUCUCCUUUCACACGUCACUGCGCAAGGACGAGACGGUUCGCGCCUGUACUGCCGAUUCCACAGCCAUAGCCGGCCACACGACCAAGGACGGCUCUUGCCUGCCCAGCGGCAGCAUGACGCAGGUUCACGAGUCGCUGCAGCUGGUCUUUAACAAGACGGCCACGCAAGCCACAGGCGGAGACCUCGCGGCCGCAGCGCAGCAACUCGCCGCUGCUUGGUCGCAGCGCAACAGCUCGGCAUGCACCGACACAACCGCCUUUGCUUACUCCAACACGGCUACCUUCGGUCUCUUCGCCGGCGCCGGAGUCGGUGAUGUCCCAACCGAUGUGCUGCAGGAAUUUCUCGCAAAGAUCAAGACGCCCGACUUCUCCGGCAGCGCCGUGGUGCAGCUGUGUGCCAAGGACGGUCGCAGCUCCAAAUACAGCUUCGGCAUUGUCGCGAGUGGAGGAGGCGACGUGCGCGUGGUUCAGGAUGCCGUCGCCGCGUGGGCGUCGGCUGAGUGCCUUAUUACUUACGACACCGCCGAAGACUGGCGUGAUAUCAAGUUGUCUGUGCCGAGUCUGUUGAUCAACGGCACGGCGGGCAAUGUCACGGCUACUCCUUCCCGCAACAGCACAGUUCCGCUCAAAGCGGUCAACAAAAGGGUCCAGUGUUCGACCAAGCAGGUUGUCUCAGGCGAUUCCUGUGGAUCCCUUGCAGCUGAGUGCGGUAUCUCUGGCGCCGAUUUCGACAAAUACAACUCUGGUGAGGGCUUCUGCUCCAAGUUGACGCCUGGUCAGCACGUCUGCUGUUCCGCCGGCACGUUGCCUGACUUCCGCCCGAAGCCAAACGCCGACGGGACAUGUGCCUCGCACUACGUGGCAAAGGACGAGAACUGCGCGGCCCUGGGUGCCGCAAACAGCCUCACCAAUGCGGAGAUUGAGAGCUUCAACAAGAACACAUGGGCUUGGGAUGGCUGCAACAAUCUGCAGGCGUACCAGUACAUCUGCCUGAGCACGGGCGAUCCCCCAAUGCCGGCGCCCAUUGCGAACGCCAUCUGUGGGCCCCAGAAGCCAGGCUCGAAACAGCCAGCAUCAGGUGUGUCGCUGGACAGCCUGAAUCCGUGUCCGCUCAAUGCCUGCUGUAACAAAUUCGGCCAAUGCGGCAUCAAUCAAGACUUCUGCACCAAAUCCAAGUCGGCCACGGGCGCCCCGGGCACCUCAGCCCCUGGCACCAACGGCUGCAUCUCCAACUGUGGCAUGGACGUCGUCGUCGGCAGUGCGCCCGCCGCGUCCAUCAGCAUUGGCUACUUCGAGGCCUUCAACCGCAACCGGCCCUGUCUGAACAUGGUCAUCACCGCCAUGGACCUGACCCCCUACACGCACGUUCACCUGUCAUUUGGCGAAGUCACGAGAAGCUGGGAGGUCGACGUUAGCGGUAUUCAGGAGCAGUGGGAGUUGUUCCUGGAGCAGGUGGGCUUCAACAAGAUCUUGUCACUGGGCGGCUGGAGCUUCUCCACCGAGCCGGCAACGUAUUCCAUCUUCCGCGAUGCGGUUGCGCCCGGCAACCAGGAUACCUUUGUUGCCAACAUCGUGUCAUUCGUAACUAAGUAUGACCUGGAUGGCAUUGAUAUCGAUUGGGAGUACCCUAAUGCUCCCGAUAUCCCGGGCAUUCCAGCUGGCACCGAAGCCGACGCUGCGAACUACCUCAGCUUCCUCAAAAAGUUGCGGGCCGCGAUGCCGUCUGGCAAGACUGUCUCGUUCUGCGCGCCGGCGUCCUACUGGUAUCUGCGCGGCUACCCUAUCAGUGAGAUGGCCAAAGUGGCUGACUACAUUGUCUACAUGACCUACGACCUCCACGGCCAGUGGGAUUACGCGAACAAGUUCGCCAUCGACGGCUGUCCAGAGGGUAACUGCCUGCGCUCACAGGUCAACAUCACCGAGACGCUACAGUCGCUGGCCAUGAUCACCAAGGCCGGCGUCCCAUCCAACAAGCUUGCUAUUGGCGUCGCCAGCUACGGCCGCUCGUUCGAGAUGACGACGAAGGGCUGCACCGGGCCCAUGUGCACCUACACCGGCGGCCUAUCUGGCGCCUAUCCCGGGCCAUGCACAGGCACCGCUGGCUACAUCUCUAAUGCCGAGAUCAGAGCCAUCACGGACGGUACUGGCAGCUGGCAGGACUCCACAGGCGCUGUGCAUCACGUCAACUCGUACUCAUCGUACUUUGAUCAAGACAGCCAGUCGGACGUCGUCGUGUAUGAAGGCACCCAAUGGGUCGGCUACAUGAACGACGACACCAAGCAGGACCGCACGGAACUCUACAAGUCUCUGAACAUGGCCGGCGUGAUCGACUGGGCCGUCGAUCUGAACGGAUACGAGGGCGCCCCCAUCUCGCCUGGCGCUGCCGCCAACAUUGUCUAUCCCCCACAGAGCAUUUGGGACUCAUCUGACCCGCUGGCGGCCUGCAAGCCUCCCUGCGUCGUCGUCCUACCACCAUACCCGCUGACUGGCGCCCACACGGUGACCUCGUGGCCCGCCCUGACCACCACGCUGCUGUCCUCUAACACAGCGGACGGCCAUGUCUAUGUCAAGACGACGACAAUCCCCGUGCCGAACUUCGCUAUCAGCGAGGUCAAUCUGCAGCCCCUAACGCUGUAUGCAACCGAAACAGACCAGUACACCAUCAACCCAAUGCAGAGCAUAAUGCCUCCUUCCUUCCUCUGGACACUACCUCCAAACCACGCCACCUUCCCCGCCACAAAGCCCACUCCCGCGGCGUCCAUUCCCGCCAUGUCUACGGGUAACGGCGUACCUUUGACUACGAACAGCGCCGUGGCGACGUCUUCGGGCAGCAACCUGCCUUUGGCCAUCAUCCCUCUGGUCACCUUCUUCCCGACCUCAGUUGCCGUCACUAUUCAACCCCAGCCCACGUUCUCGGUCGAGUACCCCAAGCCGCCCGUCCCAGGAGGUCCUCUCACCCUCAAAUCCACCAGUACCACGAACCCCAGCACCACGAAAACCGGUACCUCGCCGACCAGCACCUCGGACCCCGACUCGGGCUCGGGAUCGGACAGGCGUGGUACACGCGACUGCAGCACCUUUGGCUGCCCCGGUGGUAGAGGCACCGAUAGUGGCGGUGGCGGCGGCGGCGGCGGUGGGUGCGGCAAGUUCAGCUGCGACGGUGGGUGUGGCAUCUUUGGCUGCGGUGGUGGGUGCGGCAUCACGGGCUGCAUACCGAGCUGCCCGCUGGGCUCAUGUGGUGGUUUGGGCUGUCUCCUUCCCGGCGGCUGUGGAAAUACCCAGGGCUCUGGUGGCGGCGAUAGCAGCAACGAGUGCGAGACCAAGGUCACGGUGUCGGCGUGCACGUAUCUGGUGACGAGUUAUAGCGCGUGGUAUCUGGCUUCCUCGACGACCACCACGGAAGUGAGUCCCCAUUCUCUCUUCUCUAGUACCCUCAUUCGGGGUUUAGAGAGACAGUGA